UUGAAGUUGGGAAUUUCGCACUCUCGUCCUGCCCAGGUCACGGGGCAGCCGUCCGUGCUCUACUACGUCACGGAGAUCUUCGAGGACUACGACCUGGGCGUGGGCGCGUCCAUCGGCCUCAGCGCCUGGAAGCUCGUCGCGACCAUGCUCACGGUGCGCCUCAUCGACACCUACGGCCGCGUGCCGCUGCUCCAGCGCGGGUCCGCGAUCAUGAUCGCGUCCAUGGGGUCGCUCGCCGUCGCGGCGCUCUUCCUCGACAUGGCGAGCGGCGCCCUCGCCUGGACGUCCAUCGUCACGCUCUCCCUCUACGUCGGCGGCUACCAGGUCGGCUACGGGCCCGUGACCUGGACCUACAUCAGCGAGGUCUUCCCCCUGCAGCCCCGCGGCUCCGCGCUCGCGCUCGCGGUGCUCCUCAACUUCUCGCUCAACGGCGUCGUCACCCUCCUCGCCUCGCCCCUCAUCGCCUUCUCCGUGUCCUUCACCUUCUUCGUCUUCGGCGCCCUCGCGGUCUACGGCAUGUACUUCAUCCACGCCUACGUGCCCGAGACCAAGGGCCUCGAGCUCGAGCAGAUCACGACCAUGCUCACCCAGCUCGCCGCCGAGGAGGACCUCGCCGCGCCGCCGGCCGCGACGGCCGGCGCCGUCUAG